AUGUCUGGGGGCUCAAAGAGUGAUGACUCUGUAACAGCUAAUGGGAGGGUUUACAUUCCUGAAGUAAGAAAUGAGGAAACACCAGCAGUUGGGAUGAAGUUCGACUCGCUUGACCUCGUUUAUAAUUUCUAUAAUAGAUAUGCAUUCUUGGCUGGCUUUGGUGCAUACCGGAAUGAUGAAACUCGGGAGAGAAAAAGACAGCGGGGAAUAAGUAGAUGCAAUUGCAAAGCUAAGAUUGUGGUUGUGAAGACACAUGGGAGCAAGAAGUAUACCAUCUCUCUUUUUGCAGAGGGACACAAUCAUAAGAUGACACCCUCAGGAAGAAUGCAUUUACUGAGAUCACACCGUCGUAUUUCAGAUUCUACAAAAGUACUCACAAAACAGUUGGGUUCGGUUAAUAUUCCCAUUAAUCAGAAGGAUAUCUACAAUAUUGAAUGUAGUGUGAAUGGGAAGCUGAGGAACCACGAUGUUGAACUAGUGAUCGAGAAUUUUAUGGCUAAACAGAAAAAAAUGAGGCUUUUUAUUUCAAGAUUGAGGGAGAUGGCGAUAACAGAUGCAACUUCUAAACAGGCGUACGGGUUUUAUGGGGAUGUUGUUGUAUUCGAUACCACAUUCAACACGAAUAGAUACGACUUGACAUUUGCACCAAUGUUGGGAGUUAAUAACCAUGGUCAAACAAUUGUCCUAGCAUGCACAUUUUUGAGCAAGGAAACGACUGAGCCGUUUAUUUGGAUGUUUGAGGAGUUUAAGAAAGCCAUGCCAGGUGGCGAACCUAAAACGAUCAUUACAGAUCAAGAUGCGGCAAUGAGCAGAGCGAUUUCAAUAGCCUUCCCGACUACAUUUCAUCGACUUUGCAUAUGGCACAUCACAUCAAAGUUCUCUACUAAGUUACCACAUUCUGCUUAUAAGGAGUAUUGGCGUGAAUUCUAG